AAAUACACUUAUUACAUAUUAGUAAUUAUUUAAGAUUUAAGCUUCACUCUUCAGUCGAUUUCCAGAUUCCAGAGUUCGUCAAGAAGUGACUUGAAGCGAGUCGCCGCUAGUGUGUAUGUGUUUACAUUAAGCGCUCUUCAAAAUCCAAUCAGUGUAUAUAAAAAACCGGAGGCGCGGAGAGAGAGCAGUCCUCGCCCGCUGUGACGGAGCACGGAAACAGUGCGAGGCGGAGCGGCUGACGCUGGUCGCCGUAGAACUUGUAUCUCAAGAUAAACAUGGAGACAGAAGGACAGAAAUUCUACAAACACAAAAUCAAACUCAAUACUUCGAACAAUCACGGAAUGUUUUCUGUACUGGUACCCAAAGGAAGUACCUCUUAUCAUGAACAAGUCAAUGAUCAAAAUAUUAUUAAUUCGAAAAACAUAGAAUGCGACGUAAUUAUUAACGAAGUAAUUAUUAAAAUGGAAAGAGAGUAUGAAGAUGAAAUAGACAACCCUGAAUUAACAGAAACAGAAGGAACCAUUAAUAAUGACAGCAGCUUUCAACGGGCUAUUAUUGACAUCAUACCUGAAAAAAAUAUGGAUGUAAUGAGGAAAUCUUUAGAAGAUGAUAAUGAAAAUGAACAAAUAAUUCAAAAAGCGGAUGAUCAUACAAUAUGGAAGAAAAACAAACAGGCUGGAUUUAAAAGAAGCCACAUUGAUUUCUUAAGGGAAAAUGAAGGUUUUGUCCGGGAAUCAACAUCAUGUAAAGAAACAGAUGAUCGGUCUUCAAAUGAUAAAGAUGAUCAAGCACCAAAGAAGAGAAAAAAAACAAGCCCAAAAGAUGGAAAAGUAGAUAAUGCAGGAUUAAAAAAGAAAAGAAUAAAUAAGAAAAAGAUAAGAAAGGAUGCUAGAUCAAAGGGCAUUCAAUAUAUUAAGGCAAAUGGUACAAUCGCGAAAGAAAGAACCAUGAAACCGAAUCCUUGCUUGGAAAAGAACUGUCCCUACAAAUGUCAAGAGAUAACCACGGAAAGAAGGAGUGCCAUAUUUAAACAUUUCUGGGAAUUGUCUAUGGAAAGAAAAAAGCAAUGGAUAAUCUCUAUGACCACUAAGCAAUCCAUAAAAAGGAAAAGAUCCAAAAACUCAAAUUACAGGAAUAAUACGUUCUUUUAUUUUAUAAAUGAUGGAGAAAGUCGGCGUCAAGUCUGUUUGAAAUUCCUCAUGAAUACACUUGAUGUCACCCAAAGGUACAUUUAUUAUACAUUGACGAAAUAGGAACUUGGUAUUACCGAAAGAAGAUUGAAGAAGAAAAUUAAUCCAGCCCCCUCGUGGUAGUCUAGGGCUCCGGAAAUCAGCACGAAGGGACUGUCAAACACGUGCCGGCGUCGUAAUGUUUUUUUCUUAUAAUAGACUAGCCGUACUCGCCCGCUUCGCUGGACAUUUAAAAUUAACAUUAUUAUUUAUUCUCAUUAUUAUUAGGGAGUCCAACACUCAUAUAAAUAUUAGCCUAUCCAUUAAGUACAUGUAUUUUCUACAUGGAUACCAAGUUUCAAAUCAAUCGAAUACAUGGUUCAGUAGUUAUAACGGAACAUCCGUAAAAACCACUAGAUUUGUAUAUUAAUAAAGAAGUAUAGAUUAUUAGCUUAUCACUCACCACGAACCAAUGACCUCAUCGUAUUGCGCCGUAGGAUAGGUGGUUUCAGGGUGAGGGUGUGGCAGGGAAAGUAGGGGAUGAUGAGGUAGCAAGAAGCAUGGAGGGUAAAGGUAAGGAGAACCGUCUCUGUGUGUGAAAAAGUGUCCGUUAAAAUCUGCUCAAUAAGGGUGGCGCUACAGUAGCAACCGGGUAAAUUUUAAAAAAGGCGUUGAAAGUUUUUAGCAUAAGAUAGAGAAAUAAAAAAAGACGAAAGAACUGUAAGCACUACAAAAUCACAAAAAGUAUAUUAUUUAAAGCUGAUAAGAAAAUGCAAUCGAUGUCUCCACGUUUUACCACAGCAAUAAUUUUAGGUUAUAUUGACGAAAUUAGUUUGGACUACGUAAACAUGUAAGGUCUUGUAUAUUACACUGUCACUAACUACUCUAGUCAAUAAAUAUAUUAAAUUUCCUAACUCAGUAUACUUCAAUCAGUUAGCAACUGCUCAAUUCGUAUCAUACCCUGUGCCUGUGCUAGCGCCAUUCUGGAGGAUUUUUGAACUAUUAUUUAGUGCUGAAAGUAGGACACUUUUUCAAGCUUCUCCCAUAUGAGACGGUUCUCCUUUUACCUCUACCUUCCACAUAAGCGAGAAGUGUCAAAUGUCAAGUCACGAAUGCCUGUGUCAAUCCGCGUCCAGUGUUGCCGUGGUAAAAAACUCAAAACCCACAGAUUGGUUUCGAAAAUUAUAAUUAAAAAAUCCCUAUUAUAGCAAUGCUACAUUUUUCCUACAACGCUGCACUGUGACGCGCUCACUCACACAACGAUAACCAUGAGUAAUCUACGCAUCGCCACCCCACUAUGACGUCUACGAUCGCUAUUUAAGAAGCCGCAGCGCGCCAGUUAUGACAUUCGAUAGCUAGACGGCAACGAGUGCGAUAGCCCCGCAGUCCACUCGUCUGCCCAAGUUUGAUCUGAGCGGUAGCCCCGCAGCCCUCAGAAAAAGCAUCAGCUAGGAGGUUAAGGAACGCGGUAGCCCCGCAGCCCGUUCCAAGAACCACCCUCGGGAAUUGUACGUUUACCUUACUAUCUACGUAUCCGUGUGUUUUGUAUAAUUUGUUACAUGAACGAAUAAAAUUCCUGUUUACUCAGACAUCAGUUAUUUUAAUUCAUCUGGCAACAUCAUAUUGGCGCCCAACGGCAAAAAAAAACUACCAAGGAUCUACCCUCAAUAAAUUGGAUUUGGAAGAAUUGUAAUCUACCCACACAAAAUGUCAGAAGAAAAACCUGAACUGAUGGGUAUGACGCAGGAGCAAUUCACGACACUCAUUAACAAGUUGUCAAUUACAUACGAAGGUAGCCAACACAAAAGCAGUUUCGCUCGUUGCACAAAAAGGGACGACGGAGAAAGAAAUCAUAAUAAAGUAGAAGAGUUUAUCACAAAUAUUACUAUCUACAAGAAAAUUGAAAAAAUCACCGACGAAGACGCUCUCGAAGGAUUAACGUUGUUACUAACAGGACAAGCAGCUACGUGGUGGAGUGGCGUCAGAGGUGAGAUAAAAAAGUGGAAUCAAGCUUUAGACGCGAUCAGAAGUGCAUUUGCCCCAAAAAUGCAACCGCAUGAAGUUUACCUGGAAUUGUUUGCGAAGAAGCAAACAAACGAAACUAUUGAUGCAUUCGUUUGUGACAAACUUGCCUUGCUAUCGCAUCUUCCAGCAAAAAGGCACAAGGAAGAAGAGGAACUGGAUUUCGUAUACGAACUCCUCAAUAUCCGCUUCAAAAAAGAAAUUCCUCGCUAUGAGAUCAAAUCGUUCUCAGAGCUAUUGGAACGAGGUCGACAUAUUGAAAACCUUGCCAAAGAAGCCGAAGAAAUUGCAGAAACUAGCCUGCGCACGGGUAUUGAGAGGAAGUAGCCGAAAAGAUGUUCCUUCUGUGGCAAGAAAGGCCAUCUUCAAGAAGUUUGCCGUAAAAGAUUGUCAGAGGAAGCAAUGGAAAAAAUAAGUCCUCAAGCGAAAGAGUACAGAUAAGCUGUUAUGGUUGUGGAGCACCGGGGGUAUUUCGCAGCAACUGCGAAACGUGUAAAAACAAUGAAAGGCCGCCAAAACCAGUGUCAUUUUAUGCACCACAAACUACCAUUAAUAAUGCUAAGAUACCAACCAUUGAAAUCAACGUGAAAGGCGAACAUGGCUACGCACACAUUGAUACCGCAGCUAGAACUAGUAUGGCAGGUACAUAUUUGUACAAGACACUAGUAUGUCAAGGUACUAAAUUUGACGAAAAGCCAGCUGACGUCAUCCUCGCUGAUGGUACCAAAGAAUAACGAAGCUACUGACUGCUACAGUGGAUGUUAUGGUAGGAGGACGACUUUCACCUAUCACAUUUUCUGCAAUGCCAGAAGCAAAAGACAACAGAACCCUGCUGGGUAUAGAUUUCUUGGAGAAGUUUGGAAUUGUUCUAAAUUUACCCCAACGUGUGUGGUACUUCUUAGAUGAUACAAAAGAAAAAUUUCAGUUUAUAAGAUUGUCAAGCGACAUAGUUCCAUUAAAAGCAGCUAGAUCGCUGACCUUUAAUGAGAGACCUUGCAAGAUUGACAGCGGUGAAGCAGGUUUGAGCGAUUUCCUAAAAUACGCAAAGGAGUUAAAAAUGCUUUCACUAAUGAAAAAUACUCCUUCACCACUUCACAGUGAUCACGGUGAUAUCAGUCCCAUCCCAACCAAGAGGGCCCGUUAUGCAUUGGUAAAAUUGGACACACCGCCACGACCAGUGCGACCAGUGCGACCACGUGAACCAGCCGAUGCAGCGUCUUGUGUUGAUCCUCGCAUUACUUAUUUACCAAUAAAUCCUAUAAACAUGUA